AUGCGAAGACGGAUACAUUUAUCUACCUUUCAUAAAAUACAGACAACCGGUCAAGCAAUGCCACCUCCUGAGCGCGGCCUUGCUCGAAAAGAGCGAAAAUCAAGGGUACCACUGCAAAAGGCAACUGUGACCGAAACCGCCCAGGAGCGACCCAGAGAAGCGAACGAGACCUUGGACCGAGGUAUCCUUGAGAAGAUCCAGAAAUGUCUGAACCGAGCUGCCCAUAGCAGUUCCACGGAGUCGGAGGCCAAAGCCGCGCUAUUCAUCGCUCACAAAAUGAUGACGCAAUACAAUGUCACCCAGGCUGAUCUAUUGGCUAGCGAACCCGACAAAAGCAAGGCCCAAUAUGUGGGAAGAAGUGUGGUGUCGAUUAGGCAUACUGACUCCUCAAAGCGUGUUACUAAAGAGAGCUUCGUCGGCAAGGUGGCCACGGCCAUGUGCACCUUUUUCGAUUGCAAAUGCUUCUCAACAGAUUAUGGUUCAUCCAUACGGUGGACUUUUUACGGCAUCGCGGAGAAUACAGUUGCAGCGGCAUCGGCCUAUCGUAUCGGCGUUGCCGAUGGGCUGGUAGCCAUGGCCAACCGUAAGAAGAAGAGAGAGCUCGAGGAAGUAAGGCGAAAGGAGCUGGAUGUCGUCGCCGCCAGAGCGGCGGGGCGCCAACAGCAACUUGAUAGAAUCCACACCCUACCCGCAAUAGACAUCGAUCCUGUUGGAGCCGAAGCUGAGAAUACUUUCUGCGAUGGUCUGUUCCUUGAUGACUCCGAUACCCUUUUCGAGCUUUUUGUUAUGCAUGACUCUAGUGACCGCGACGGAGAAGACGACUUUAACGAGAACGACAAGAGUGCUAUGGACAUUAUGCGAGACGUGGAUGACAAUACUGAAACAGCCAUCAAGCAAGAAAGUUAUAGGAUUUCCGACCUUGCCAGUAUACACCUGUCCUCCGCUGAACGGAAGUUGUCUGCUGCUUCAUCCGCGCCCAUAUCGAAUGAACAUGCAGUGCCCUCCCCGUGGGCGUCUGAGAUGCAGCUGACGCGGUUCCGCGCCACUUCAGAACAAGUUGCUGAUGACUUCAUUGAGAAAAACAACAUAAAGCUAUAUCGCCAAAGGUCGCGUCCAGUUGCGGCUCGAGACACGCACGCUUAUCGGCAGGGAUGGAAGGACAGGUCGAAAAUUAACCUCCGUCAGCGACGCCUUGAGUAG